CGCGUGCAAGAAGGGCAGAUCUGGGCAGAUAGCGUCGGCGUCCGAGUCUGCGACAGAGCGCGUGCAGUGAUCACCGAGGAUACGAUAGCGUCGAUGUCAAACGGGGUGGUCACGUAUCCCAAGGCUAUGUCACGCUCGACUCGGAGGCAAUGCAAUAGGGUAUACGGAAGACAGGUAAUGAGCAAGUACGAGAGCCCCGUACAACUGGUCAUGCAAGUGAGCAGCGCCCUGCUGGACUCGCGACCGCACAGCGCCGAGGUAUCGCUCAUCCCGGCGACCGAAUGAACCGAAGCUACAUACAAAUCCUGCGGAGUACUCAGGCUCUUCACUGGUACUGGAUCGCCUGCGACAUUGGCCCGCGCGUUCGCUUCCUCUGUUCAUGACCUUGCGCCUGGACCUUGAUCCCACGUCUGUGUGGUCCACCUUGAUUAUCGGUUCACUGUAUCCAAGGAGGCCAGUCCUCUACGCUUCAGGCCGUAGAGGGCCAUCCUCGCACCGGCUGCGAACAGCCUGUAUCUCACCGCAUCCAAGGCUGGCAGCAAAGAACCGCUGGCGACUCGUGUGUCUGUGUUCGACGCUUCUAUACCCGCCGGCGAGCGCGCGCUACGUUGUAUCGAUGCAUAUAUGUACCGCCUAUCUUUGCGUUCGCUCUCCCUGCGCUCUCCGCCUCGUCCAGCCGCGAUUUUCUUUGCAGCGCACACCAAAAGUCCUCACGAGCGUCGCGACCACCAACGGGCGCCAGCACCGCGCGAACCUACGACCAAGACGGUGCAUCUGGCUUGUCUGGGAGCCAGUGUACAUACCGGACAUCAGUAACGUGUUUCCACCGUCCAGGGUCUGCUGUCGCUGCGCACGGGCAGGAGAUUCUCAUCUGUGCGACAGCGCGGUCACGUCGCCGUAGCGCACAUCCCACGUCAACGGAAUGGAUAGAGCAGAGUCAAUGUAAGUGCCACUGUCCAGACGCAUGUAUAUUGGUUUAC